AUGCUCGAGCUCACUUCAGAGCCCCCGAUUUUAAAUUCCGGCGUCGCAUUUGCUCUCAGCAUCACUGUGCGCGUCGUCGGUGCUCCACCCUCAGUGGGGAGGAGUGUGGGCGACAUGGAGCUUGUGAGUGACGUUCAGGUUCCGGGACGAUGGAGUGUACUUAUCUUAAAGGGUUACAAGGUUUACCGAGGAGCCAUCAGCAAUGUUGACACAAUAAAUGCGGGCGAACCUUCUUGGUUUCGAUACCGUCGUUCCAUACAGGUGGUGCGUUGUUUGUCCGUUCGAACCUUGGCCCAAUUGCCAAUAAUCCCCCGCUCCAAGCCUGAGAUACAACUGAGAUCGCAGGGGUUGGGCUGGGCAACAGGAAUGAGUCUGGGAGGUAGAGGGAACUUUGAUACCGUGGGUGCGUAUGCACUUUUCUGGGUGGCACCAAAGACGGAAUUGAGCGCAAUUGGAAAAUCGGUUCUGGGAGUUCGAUUCUCGCGGUGGGCCUACAAGGGUUCUCCUCAAAACUUUCACGCCUCAAUCGACAAAUGGAUAUGUACUUCGGUGCUUUACCUCAAUAGGAAGAGCACCUCCAAGUCCAUCAAUUUCCUCCUUAUUGUCAUUGACGUGGAUUGGCGGGAGCCCCGGCAGGUUCUUGAUUUUGAAUUCGGAUUCCGGAUUCGGGAACUAAUCCUCAAGCCGCCUCGUGGGUCCCCCGAUCGUUUUUAUCUAAAGUCGCGUUCGACUUGGAGACGCGGGAGCCUACACAAGGGGGGCAUUUCUUUGCAUGAUUGUAUUGCGUCGCCGCAAAUGCAUGCGGUGUCCCGAGCUAGUGUUAACACGGACUUUCUCUCUGGCGGAGGAAAGGAAGGAAGGCGCCUAUAUGUGGCAGGCGGAAAAGCGUUGCGGAAAGAUCGGAUUGGUAUCCAAAAGAAAUUGUACUCUAGGUUCGUCCGCCUUUCUAUCACCUCGUCGACCGACGUCAACAAGUCUCACAAUCGGACAAACCCUUCAGCUCUCCUAGCCUCCAACAUUCUAAACCUCCGCUGA